AUGUUCCUCCAACGCACAGCCUUCGCCCUCGCGCGGCGCACUCCCGUCAGGGCCGUUGCUGCCCGCCCUUUCUCCUCCUCCGUCAUCCGCUCCAACAAGGCGAAGUACGCUGUUGAGAAGGAUGGCAAGAUCCUUUCUUUCGAAGAGAUCAAGACCGAGGAGGACCUCGUCCCCCCCGGUGCUAAGGCCGGUACCGUCCCCUCCGACAUCGAGCAGGCCACUGGUCUCGAGCGUCUUGAACUCGUCGGAAAGAUGCAGGGCAUUGACAUCUUCGACAUGAGGCCCCUCGAUGCCUCCCGGAAGGGAACUCUCGAGAACCCCAUCAUCGUCAACGGUGCCGGUGACGAGCAGUACGCUGGUUGCACUGGUUUCCCCGCCGACUCCCACACCGUCAACUGGCUGACCGUCUCUCGUGACCGCCCCAUCGAGCGCUGCGGCGAGUGCGGCAACGUUGUCAAGCUCAACUACGUCGGACCCUUGGAGGAUGCCCAUGACCCUCUCCAAUUCCCCCUGCUCACUCAAUCCCUCCAGACGAUCACGGCCACGGCCACGGCCACCCCGCUCCCGAGGAGCCCAAGACUUUCGCCGACUACGUCAAGCCUGAGUACUGGUACCGAGGAAUUAUGA